AUGGACGGCGGCUCGAACCCGGAGCAGCAGCCCCAGCAAGCGGCUGCCGGCGGUCACGCGCCCGGUCACGGGGCCCCGGUGAAGAAAGUACGGGUAUCCAGGCGCCACGGGAAGGAGGCGAGACCCCCCGCGUGCGCGGCAGCGCGAGGCAUCCCACUAGCGGAGCCGGCCGCGUGCGCCCGGAGGAAAGUCCCCCACCAUGUCCAUGUCCCCCGCGUCCAGGGCAAAGUGUCCUCCCCAGACAGCAGCUCGGAGGACAGCGGAGGACAGUCCGCGGACACGCGCACCCCCGGCAAGCCGGACAGGGAGACGCUCGGCGGGGGCGCGGAUCUGGGGCUUGGGGGUCGCGGUGUCCCCCUGACCUCGAGUGACCUCACUGGGCGCCUCGGGGACGCGCAGCAGCAGGAGGAGGAGGAGGAGGAGGAGGGGGAGCAGGAGCUGCUCAGGGACCUGGAGGAGCUCAGGUCCGAGAACGAGUACCUCAAGGACGAGAUGGAGGAGAUGCGCGCGGAGAUGCUGGAGAUGCGAGACGCGUUCCUGAAGGAGGAAGAGGGACAGCUGCAGGAGCUGCGGGCGCAGCUGGAGGGCGCUCGGCGCACCUGCCGAGUGCUGCAGUACCGACUGCGCAAGGCCGAGCGCCACAGCUUGCGUGUGGCCCACAGCGGACAGGUGGACAGGGAACUCGUGGGCACCUUGGAGCAGGACGUCAAGGUGGCGCGGGACGUGUCCGUGCGGCUGCACGCGGAGCUUAGCAGGGCCGAGGAUCACUGGAACCGCCUGGAGCGCGAGAACCAGGAGCUGCGCGAGAAGCUGCUGGACCUGGAGGUGGCCAACCAGGUGCUCAAGGAGGAAGUGGACAAGGCACGGGAGAACUCCUUGAGGAAGAGAGGGCUGCGCUCGUCCACCAAAGCCGACAGGAAGUCCUCGCAGGAUGACAUCGCCGACCUCAAGUGCCAGCUCCACUUCGCCAAGGAGGAGUCGCUGCUCAUGUGCAAGAAGCUGACCAAGACAGCCAAGGAGAGUGAGGCCAUGAGGGAGGAACUCGCCAGGUACCGCGCGCUGUACGGCGAUGUGGACACACCCCCGUCUGGGGAGAUGACUGCCGGAAGCCUUUACACUCGCGAGGCUGAAGUUAAAGUUCACCUGAGGCUCGUGGAGGAGGAGGCCAACCUGCUGAGUCGACGGAUCGUGGAGCUGGAGGUGGAGAACCGGGGCCUGCAAGCAGAGAUGGAGGUGCUGAAAGAGAAGGAGGCGGGGCUGGGGGCUGACAGCAUGAGGGAGCUCAAGAAGCACCUGCAGUUUGUGGAGGGGGACGUGGAGCUGGUGCAACGCUCGAUGGCAGAGCUGCAGGAGCAGAACUGGGCUUUGAAGACCAGGCUUGGCCGAUCCCGAGCAGAGCUGGAGCUCGAGCCAAACUCCAACACCUUCUCCCGGGGAGACGAGGAACCGCUCGAGGGUGGGAUGCAGUCAAGGGCCCAAGAUGGAAACCUGCCCUCCCACAUUGAUAGAAGACCCCCUCCCCUUGAUGGGCCUGGAGCGGGCGAGCAGGAGCUCCUGGUGGGGGAGGAGAGGAACGCGCAGAAGGACUGCUGCUGCCCCAGCAGCCUGAGGUCGACGGACCAAGAGACCCUGGUGGCCGUCCGAGAGCAGGCCCACCUUGUCGGCACGACCAUCCGACUGCUGCUCAGGCCUGGACCGGACAGCACUGGCCCCUUCUGGCCAAGAGGCCUCCUGGCAGGGACACUAGCCAGUAGGCUGGAGGCUCUACAGGUGCUGCUGCUUGGCCUCCUGGAGGGGGAAGAGACACCGGGCAGCUGUGGACGGAGGCAGGUGGAAGGAGCCGAGCGUGAGAGCGCGGGGACACCAGUCCCACCUUUGUGCCGUCACCACGAGCUUGUCAAAGAGGCAGCCGCCGAGCGAAAGGUCCGAGGUCAGGAGGCGAAGACAAACCAAGCGCUCCGAGGGACUGGACUGGAAGCGGAGGCAGAGGAGACAUGCACUCAGAUGCUGUCACUGCGACUGCGGCACCAUGACAGUAAAACCCUGGAGCUCAGGCAGGAUGCGCAGCUGCUCAUCCUCCGGCUGCGCUGCUUCCUCAAGCAGUGGCGUAAGGGCCAAGCGAGGGACCCUGGCAGGAAGGAGAGCCUGCAGGUGGGCAGUGACCUGGGCAGCACUCUGCAAGACCUGAAAGGGGCGUUACGGGACCUGAGUGCCAUCCUGCACAAAGAGUGUCAGGGGUCCCUGGAGCACAAACAGCAGUUUCAUGACUCUAAGACCACCUGGGAAGUGGACAGGUCAGAGCUCAGGAGAGAGGUCCUGCCGGAUGCUCACCCCCAGCUGGAUUCCAAAGACACUGAAGCAGAUUGUCUGAAUGAGGUGCUGCAGAGGGGGUGCGAGGAACACACGCGACCCGUGGUGGCUGAGCCGUGCAUUCCCAUUACGGAGUCAUUCCAAGAGCAGUGGAUGUGUGAGAAGAUGGAGCUGUUGGACCGACUGUGUCAUGAGCAGAACCACUUACAGGCAAAGCUGGAUGCACAGUUUCUGCAAAGAAAAACAUCUGAGAGAAAAAGCUCUUUGGAAACAGAAGCACAAGAGACAAACUCACAGAGGAGGAAUUGUGCAGUUUCUCCCCAGUUGGGCAAUGAGGGUUUCCCAGACAGCUCUGUAGACCAUCGAGCCAAAGCCGAGGGAAGCAGGAAAAGAGAGGACAGCGAGCGUUACCCCUUCUUUGCCCACACUGAUCUCGGCUCGAUGAGUGGAAAAAACUGGAUGUACCUUACUGAGGAGGCUGGAGCGCUGAAGGGAAAUGAGCCAUUCAAGACCUGGGAUUGCCCAUCGUGGACCAGCACCUUCCCGGACCUGGAUCUUGGACACGGGUGGGUCCGGAGGAGCUGUACCGCGCCCGACAAGUCCGGCCUCCGUAUUUACUACAGCCCGCCCGGCACGCGUCGCAUCACACCACGGCCAACAAGUGAAACUGGGAAGAAGGAAGAGGAGAUGGUGGCAAAGAGCGAGGAGUUCAAGUCUCUGUCCAACUCCACUGAGUCAGUGGACAGCACGGGCACCCUAACCAUAACCUUUGAGAACUGGAUCAACCGGCUCUCCGAGCAGCAGCGUGAUCUUUUGGAGAAUGGGUCGGCCAGCCGCACCUCAGGGACCGGCUUUCCUCUGCCCUUCGAGCACUUGGAGAUGUCGGGCAACCUGAGUGAUGACAUGAAGGAGAUGACCUACAGCAUGCGUCAGGUUGCUCGACCCGGCCCCCUGGAGAGCCGGCUCCGUGAUGCAGCUUGUCAGACAUCAGAGGAGGAGGACACCGGUGACCCAAAGGCUCCUGUGCCUCUGCUGGUGAGUGUGGGGCUGCAGACGGAAGCUCCAUCCUCCAGCACGGCCACUCAGAACAGGAAGAGCUGGCCACCCCGGGUCUCCUCACUGGGCACUGCUCGUGUCCGACACAUUUCCGUCUCCCUGGAGAGGGUCCCAGACCGUAGCAAGAGGUCUAGGUGUGGGUCACCAAAGCUGCAGCGCCGGUUAGUCUGCUCUUCCUCCACCUCCAGGUUGGACAGCGGCCGGGAUCAUUUGGGCCUCUGGGGCCUUCCGCAGCGGGACACGAGUGCUCCGGCAUUGACCCAAUCCACUUCCGCUCAAGGCAGUCCUUCUGGCCCCUUGAGCUCAGUGGCUGAAGAAGCACGCACCGUGGUAUCCAACAAGGCUGCCAACAAGGCUGCCAACAAGGCCAGCUCUGCCCAUAAGUAUGGCAUCGUCCAAGAAUUCUUCCGGAAUGUGUGCAGCCGCGGGCACGCGCCCACUCUGGGCGGCCGGCAGGAGUCAAUGAAGACUAUGGUAUCACCGUGCGGUGACCGCAGAGUGCUAGUGGAAGACAAGAAGGCAGAGCAUCCUGCCUCUCGAGCCACGUCACUGGUCAGGUCCAACAGCUUCAGCAAGAUUGUCAACAAGAGGCUGACAAAUCAGAGCCCCAGAGAUGAGAGGGGUGGGGCCAGCCGUGCUCCUCACACUGCAGAAAGGACAAUGAGCGGCAGCACUCUCGAGGAUGUGGCGUGUGACUGCACCUCCCAAUCCCUGACCUCCUGCUUCUCCCGGUCCUCGCGAUCGUUCUCACACCACACCCCGGGGCAGUGCAAGCCACGCCCCCCGGAGCCCUCCAUCACAUUGACGACAGUUGAAAAGGAAAAGCUGAGCCAGGACUGACAGGGAAACAGAAGCUUCCUCAACUGGUGUCCUUCUUGUGAUCUGUAGGGUUAACUGGUAAUCCAGAAGGGACCACAGACUCCGGUUAUCUGCCACUCCCAAGUUUAGAAGGAGAGACAUUGUGGUCAACAGAGCCGGCCCAUGGAGUUCCACCUGGGACCACCAAGGUUUCUCAGACAGAAGCACAGUGUACGGGUCACCUCACCUGCAAGAACGGCCGAGUGCACAAAAUAGAGUUGCAGUUAGGCCUGGAUGGUUAUAAUUGCGUUUUGUUAUUCUUAGGUUAUUGUGCUUAUCAUAUACUUCUUGUUUUUUCUCAGGCUACAGGGUAGCAGCAUCACUUAGCAGCUCCAGGGCUAUACUUUCACCUGCUUGCGGUCCACCUUUCUUCUAAUCCAGAAACAAGCAGAAUUACUGACUCUGAACAUGCAUGUUGUGUCUCGCAUUUGAUAUUUCUGCAAAUGAGAAGCCAGUACUGUAAACGUAAGUGAAAAAUGGUUUGUGUGUAUCUCUGAAAGCUGUUGCCUUAGACGCCAUCCGAGUUGUUUAAAAUAAACAUCAAAAACACAGAACUGCAGCUGAGC